GUGCAGAUUUCUCCACCUCUCAAACCCAGAACUUCGGACUACACAGUAAUACUAGCUACUAGUACCUACCUACCUAGUAUUACCUACAAGCCACUCCCCAACCCAACUACCUUACUGCUGUUGCGUUGACUCAUCGUUUUACGCGCCUGAAGAGACAGACCACGUAUAUCCGAGGCCAUCGAAAUGCACGGUCAAAAGCUGCACAUUAGCAUUCUAGGCGUAGGGAACCUGGGCCAAUACAUUGCAUACAACCUCCUGGCCGGAGCACCGCGUCGACUCAGGGUCACGUUGCUGUUCCACCGAGAAUCACUGAACUGGGAGUGGAAACAGAGCGGACAAACCAUCCAGUGCCGGAUGGUUGGGGAGCACGAAUUCCGACUGCCAUUAUUAGAUGGAUUCAAGGUUGACAACAUCACGACCCCGCGACCGCAGGCGCCUCCAACAAUCAAGUACCUGAUCGUGGCAACCAAAGCGCCAGCGACCGCCGCUGCUGUGGCCGCCAUCAAGCACCGGCUGUCUCGGGACUCGCAGAUUCUCUUCGUACACAACGGUCUCGGUGUCAUCGACGAGGUCACAGACAAGGUCUUCCCGGACGCCAAGACGCGGCCAUACUACUGGGCCGGUGUGUGCGAGGCAGGGAUCCACGGGGCAGGCCCCUUCCAGAUCAUCCAGGCCGGCAAGGGGCCGCUGCUCUUUGGGCGCUCUGGCGCGCGGUCCUGCGAGCGGGCCGACGACUCGCACCCCAUGUCGAACGACAUGUCGUUCGCAAGGAGAUUGCUCUGGACCCGCCGUGCGCUGGACGCCCGGUUGCUGAACAGCGACCAACUCGUCCGCAAGCAGCUGCAGAAGCUCGUAGUCAACUCGGUCAUCAACCCGCUGACGGCCCUGUACCGGUGCAGAAACGGAGACGUGUUCACGCGCAAGGAGGGGCAGCAGUUGUUCGACGCGCUCGUGGAGGAGGCCGGCCCUGUGGUCCGGGCACUGCUUGGCAUUUCUGAUGGGCACGGCAGGCUGGGCAACUCGGACUUUUCCGACGACGGGCUGCGCAGGCACGUCAACCGGAUUGCCACCCUGACGGCGGGGAACAGGAGCUCGAUGUUGCAGGACAUCGAGGCCCGGAGGAAAACCGAAAUCGAUUACAUCAACGGCUAUCUCGUCCGUCAAGCCAAGAAGCUGGGCCUGCCGUGCGCACACCACGAGCGCAUUGUGCAGCAGAUCAAGGAGCUGGAGGAGGGUGGUGGUGUGACCGAUGGUGGUGGGUUCGCGGGCGGCUCCCGUCAGCUGGCGUGAUUCGAGCACUGACAAUGAAAGCCUUGUCGUUCGGAUUGUAAUGGGACUGGUGUACAGGGCUCGAGUCAUCGUUGCGGUGACUGCGAAGUGACUGGUUAGCUCUUGAAUUCAUACUCGGGCCAGAUUUUGUCCUUGUAGGAUUUCAAUGGACUCGAUCUUGCCGACUUUCUGCAAUCCGGCCUCCAACGGUGGAGAAGCAGGUC